AUAUCCCACACAAGGAUUGCGUAUGUUAUAUUAACAAAUAUGUGUUUGGCCUCUGGACUUUGGAUUUUAUACUAUUGGGUGCAUAUGAACCUUACAAUAACAGGCUUAAGUUGGCUUUAGUAGGGUGCACAUGGCAGUUUGUGAUUUUUUUGGGAGGCAGAUGCUGAAUUGAAGGUGAGUGCAUGACUGUUUUUUAAUUGUUGACUGGAUUUUGGUCAGGCCUUGAGGCAACUUUUCAUCAUUGGACUUGAUGUAGGCCUUUAGUUAUGGCUGUUGCCGUUGGAGUUCAAACCUUAGGCCAAGAUUUGGGUUUGGAAAUUUUUUUUCUUCAAUGGCUAGGUAGCUAUGUAGUUAUGGGCGCUGGCUUUGUAUUUCAAUCCUUGGGUUUUUUUUGUUCAUGAGUUUGGGUUGGCUGUUUAGCUUUAGUCAAUGAACUUCGGUGAUGGUAUAAUCUGACUUGGUACUUCCUAGAGCUAGAAUAGGUUUUGGAUUUUGAAUCUAAGAUUGACUAUGAUGGUUGGUAGCUACACAAUGUUUUGGAUUCUUUGGGACAUGGUGUUAUUGUCCAUAUAUAUUUACUUAAGGACUGAUAUCCUUAUUUGGUUACACAGGACCAUUGUUGGUCACACAAGACAAGUGGUGCCUGGUGAGAUUGUUCUUCUGUUUAUGAAGCCAACUAUGGUUAAUAGGUUACUAUUAUCCUACAUAUUCUACUAAUACCCUUUAGUUGUAGUCCAAAAAAACAUUGGGUUGCCUUGAACAAAUGAAAUCAUGAAAUGUUGUGGUGGCUCUUCUGUGUAACAUACUUGGAAUUUUUUAUAACUUGAGCAUUGAUUUUUUUGUUCAAAGUAGCAAGCGAAGAAUUGGAUACUUAGAUAUGAUGAUAUACUACCUCUAUGAAGCGGUAGUAUUUUACCCACAUAUUUAUUUCCUUAACAUUAUAUUUGGUUCAAAAAUAUUGAGGCCCAGAUAGAGCAACAAUGGUCAUCAAAGAGAAGAAACGAAGAAAAAAACCUCCUUCAGAAAAUGAUGAAAUUGAACAGGACCUCGACUGUCGAUACCUCUCAGCAUGUGAGUCAAUAUCGAGGAUCUUCCAGUAUGACAUUCAUCACAGAAGUGUUCCCGUCCUAUGCCUAUAUGUCCAUUUGCCCGGAGAACAACUUUUAACACUCAAAGAUAACCAAAACAUUGUUGAGGCAGUAAAUCAAGAAGCAGCUCACCAAACAAUGCUUACACACUGGAUGACCAUUAACAAAACAUCUGAAGAGGCAAGGUCUCUAACUUACGCAGAAUUCCCAACUGCAAAGCUGAGAAGCGAAAGAAAGAUUGUCCUAACUGUCGCAUCCUCAGGGAUUGCAUCACUCCUAUUACCAGGAGGUCGGACGGCACACAGUAGAUUUGACAUUCCAAUUGAGUUAUUUGAAGGCACAACAUGUGCCGUGCGACAGCAGACACAACUGGCAGGCCUUUUGACAGAGUGUUCAUUGAUAAUAUGGGAUGAAGCUCCAAUGGCCAACAAAUUUGCAUUUGAGGCAGUUGACCGCACACUCAAAGACAUAGUCUCAUUUAAGAAUGAGUCUGCAGCAAACCUCCCUUUUGUGGGAAAAACAAUACUUAUGGGUGGUGACUUCCGCCAAGUACUUCCAGUUAUACCAAAAGGGGACUGAUCGACUUCAACCCAAUCAUACACAAAGGGAAACAAAAUGCAGCAUGACUUUAUACUGCAAAACACCAUACUCCAACACCAUAUCAGGGAAGCUUGUUUCCCUUGGUUGUACGAAGGAAAGGUAUUUUCCUUCGGGUUGAAGUCUUGGAGUGCGGUAUCUCCGAGCAAGGUUGUUGAGGCUCGUGGGACUCGAGUUCUCAGGUUGUAACGGUUUGUUAAGCACCCCUGAACACGCUACUUCAUUAUUGAAAUUAGAAAAAGAUGUAAAAUUUGAGACUACACUAUGCUCACAUUAUUCACUAUAAUACUCUAAUUUUAUACAAUGUCUUCUUAACAUACAUGGGUAUACAAUUCAAACUAAAUCAUGCUGACAUGGCCAUGAGGACAUUGGAUAUGUAUGAAAUCUGAUAUCAAAAUCCACACAUCCAAAAAUCAUGUCAUCUAUUUGUAUAUGUAACAAAUAGUAACGUUAUGAUUAGAUUGCAGCAGAUCAUAGGAACCAAUCUUUUGUUAGGGACAUAUCCAUCAAAAAGAGGAAACCCAAUAGUUGUACAUGGUGGAAGAAGGCGUGAGAGUAAUCAAGACACACCUCUUCAUUGAAGACACCACCAAGAGCGGAGAAACCAGGUAUGUUUGUUCAGGUAGAAACCCAUCUCAUGCUAUGUUUGUUCAGGUAGUAAUUUUUUUUGUUAAAGUGUCUGUGUUAUGAAUUAAAGUAUAGGUUUUAACCACAAAGGACAUGAAGUAUGCUUGGAGAAUGGUGACACAUAGUAUACAUACUCAACUAUGGUUUUAAAGGGUGAAAUGAUAUACGGUCUUAUACAAAUUAUAGCAUGCAGACCAAAUUCCAAAAUAUAUUUAUAAAGUGUAAUGCAGACCUAAAGCGGCAUAACCACACAGGAUAAGGAAAAAGCAAUUAUAAAGUGGUAAACCAGGUAGAGCAUGCAGACAAAAAAACCAGUCCCAGACAGCAUGACCAAAUCCCAGAUAGUAAUCCCUAAUUCCCUGACCCAAAAAUGUAUCCAUAUUCACAUCUAAAAAUUCCAAACCCAACCUGUAGUCUAACCCAAAACCAACCUGACAAACCAAUUUGAAAAACCAUUGCCAUACACAAAAGUGAAAUCCCAUUGAUGGAUCCGUAAAAGCAGGCUGCAUUUUGUACUAAAUGCAUUGAGGAAAUAAAGUUUCACAGAAUUGAUGGAUGGGAUCUGUUAGACAAAGAUAUUUGUUUACUAUAGUGUGUAAAUUAAAUUGUGCUUUAAUAAUCUUCUUUCUUAUAGUGUAAUAUAUGAAAUUAUAGUGAAUGAUGAUUAGUAAUUAUAUGUUAUAUUCAUUCAAAACACAUAUGCCAUGGAAUAUGAAGUUUUGUAUUAUGAGUAUUUAAAAAUAGCAUUAGAAGUAGUCUAUUAAAUAUUUUAAAAAUGCAUUUAAAGAGAUGUACUAAAUGUUUAAUGAUUGA